AUGAAAGUAUUGCGCUUCGUUAUCGCUGUUGCGGUCAGCUCAUGCAGUGUGUCAGCCAGCAAAGUGCAGCAGCUGAGAUCAGUUCCUGGAAUAUGUACAGUCAUCAGCAACAGCAGGCCGACAUGGCCAAUUUGUGCUACGAAUCUUCGAGACGAUGACGGGAGUAGCAUUGGAGGUGUUCAAGACCACUCCGAAAAUCAGUCUGACCGGCAUGGGCACGAUACAGGGACGAAGUUCGGUCUCCCUUACGAAAAGCCCGCUGACUACUCGAACGACGACCCCUCGUGUACUGGACAUCUAGACCAUAUCGAUGAUAAGCUAUGUGUGUACAUUCAUCCCGCCUUCGAGAAAGGUCGCGGCAUCUCUGCUUUCACAACGCCGUCCAUAGCCCGCGAAUUCGAGAAGCGCAUCUCUGCGAUUGCAAGGGAAAGGGACGGGAGAAGGAACGCCAGUGGAACAUUGAGCGAGAUCACCAUGCAUCCAUCACUCGAGGUCACAGCCCUUUCCAACAAGGGCAUGGGAGUGGUCGCGACGUCUCUAAUCCCGGCCGGCACUCGACUUCUGCAUUCAUCACCAGUACUACUCGUCCACAACAUCGAAAGCCCUCGAGCAUUCGAGCGUGAGUUCCAUCUUCGGACCGCCGUAGCAAAACUACCACCGGCUACUCGUGAUGCGUUCAACAACCUAGCGAAGUCAUACAAUAAUCCUGCUGUUCACGCACAAGACAUCAUCAAAACGAACGCCUUCGCCAUCGACGUCUCAUCUGUCCAACACCUCGCUGUCUUUCCCGAAGCAUCACGUUUCAACCACGACUGUGCACCCAACGCCAUGUACUAUCUCGACAAUAUAGGUCUGACACAUACUCUACACGCCACUCGCGAGAUCGCUGAAGGGGAAGAAGUCACCGUCUCGUACGUCGACCCCAUUAGCCCGGCCUGGUUUCGCAAAUCAGAAUUACUGCAAGCGUUCGGCUUCACUUGCUCCUGCCAUCGAUGCGCAAAUGCUGAGGAGGAUGACGCCCUUCUUGCUGAGGCAAAGCUUCUCGAAGCGGAGCUUGGCGACUGGGAGUCAGACACAUCGGACACUGACAGCUGGGCCUAUACCCAGAAGGCGAAGCGUCUCAUCGAGCUCUACCAGACACUGAAGCUAGAAGGUUUCAUCAACACCGCAUACGGCCACGCCGCGCUGACAUACAACUCUCUUGGCGACAGCGGGAAGGCGACCAUGUAUGCGCGCAAAGCGCUCGAGGCGGCGAAGCUGCGACAUGGUCCCGCUGAAUUGGGCAGUCGAGCAGUCACCGUAUGGGAAGAGUUCCUUGAGGAAGGAGCUUGGGCUCAUUGGAGCUGGAACCGGCGGCGAGAGGACUGA